AUGCCCAUUGAAUGUGCUGAGGUGUUCUCCAGAUCACCUGCGGGAGGGUUACCUGGCUCUGGUCUUUUUGGCCCAAAAAAUGACUUGGAAGAUUAUGAUGCUGAUUCUGAUUUUGAGGUUCUGAUGAAAACUGCUCAUGGUCAUCUAGUUCCUGACCGAACAGAAAGAGAAAAAGAUGCCACAAAACCAGAGCUGAAUAACCAUAAAGAUUAUGUUCAAGAAAAGCCCUCACGUCUUAAACAAAGAUUUAUGCUCAGGAGGACAAAGCCAGAUUAUAGCAUGAGUCACUCUGCACGGCUUACUGAGGAUGUGCUAGCAGAUGAUAGGGAUGACUAUGAUUAUUUGAUGCAAACUUCCACGUACUAUUACUCUGUGAGAAUAUUUCCUGGUCAAGAACCUGCUAAUGUCUGGGUGGGCUGGAUUACAUCAGACUUUCACCAGUAUGACACAAGCUUUGACUUGGACAGAGUGCGUACCGUCACAGUUACCCUGGGAGACGAAAAAGGGAAGGUUCAUGAGAGUAUAAAACGCAGCAACUGCUAUAUGGUGUGCGCAGGAGAGAGCCUGAGCCCUGGACAAGGACGUAAUAAUAAUGGUCUGGAGAUUGGCUGCUUGGUUGAUGCUGCCAGUGGCCUGCUGACCUUCACAGCUAAUGGCAAGGAGCUGGGCACGUACUAUCAGGUUGAACCAAGUACAAAGUUGUUUCCUGCUGUAUUUGCUCAAGCUACAAGCCCCAAUGUUUUUCAAUUUGAAUUGGGAAGAAUAAAGUUUCUGACUCAUGUACUUUGGAGCAGAGUGCCAAACCACUUCUUGAAGGUGGAUGUGUCUCGGAUCAGUGAACGUCAAGGCUGGAUGAUACAGUGCCUGAAUCCUUUGCAGUUCAUGGCCCUCCAUAUUCCUGAGGAAAACAGGUUGAUAACAAUUGAUAUUUUAGAGCUGACAGAACAAGAGGAAUUGCUGAAAUUUCACUACCACACCCUCCGAUUGUAUUCAGCCGUUUGUGCUUUAGGCAACAACCGAGUGGCCCAUGCUCUGUGCAGCCAUGUGGAUGAGUCUCAGCUCCUCUAUGCCAUUGAGAAUAAAUAUAUGCCAGGAUUAUUACGUGCAGGAUAUUACGACUUACUCAUUGACAUCCAUCUCAAUACCUAUGCAACUGCCAGGCUGAUGAUGAAUAAUGAAUUUAUAGUUCCAAUGACAGAUGAGACCAAGAGUAUUACUUUGUUUCCUGAUGAAAACAAAAAACACGGCCUUCCCGGUAUAGGACUCAGCACUUCAUUAAGGCCAAGAAUGCAGUUUUCCUCUCCGAGUUUUGUAAGCAUUAGCAGUGAAUGCUUUCAGUUCAGUCCUGAAUUCCCUCUGGAAAUUUUGAAGGCCAAAACCAUAGAGAUGCUGACUGAAGCUGUCCAGGAGGGAAGCCUCCACGUCAGAGAUCCAGUUGGAGGUUCUACAGAAUUUCUGUUUGUUCCUCUCAUCAAGCUCUUUUAUACCCUCCUAAUUAUGGGAAUCUUCCACAAUGAGGAUCUGAAACACAUCUUGCAGUUGAUUGAGCCCCGAGUUUUCAAAGAAGCAAUGAGCCAGGAGGAUGAAAUUGAUUUCUCAGAGAAGGAGUUCAAUUCAGAUGAGCUCAAAUCAGAAGAAGGAGAAGAAGAAACCAGAGGGGAGCAAAUGCCAAAGGAAGGACUCCUUCAGAUGAAACUUCCAGAACCUGUUAAAUUACAGAUGUGUCACCUACUCCAGUACCUGUGUGACUGCCAAGUGCGGCACCGAAUAGAAGCCAUCGUCGCGUUUUCUGAUGAUUUCGUGGCCAAGCUCCAAGAGAAUCAGCGCUUUCGGUACAAUGAAGUGAUGCAGGCCUUGAACAUGUCUGCUGCUCUGACAGCUAGGAAAACAAAAGAGUUUCGAUCCCCUCCUCAAGAGCAGAUUAACAUGCUGCUGAACUUCAAAGAUGAUAAAAAUGAUUGUCCUUGCCCUGAAGAAAUUCGGGAUCAACUCUUGGAUUUCCAUGAAGACCUAAUGACACACUGUGGAAUUGAAUUAGAUGAAGAUGGAACCUUGGAUGGCAAUAGUGAUUCAACCAUUAGGGGUCGCCUCCUAUACCUCAUGGAAAAAGUUACAUAUCUGAAGAAGAAACAAGAUGAGAAGACAGUUGAUGAGGAGGAUAAGACAUCCUCUACUCUCCAGCAGCUGAUUUCAGACACGAUGGUGCGUUGGGCCCAGGAGUCAGUGAUAGAAGACCCAGAGUUAGUGAGGGCCAUGUUUGUGCUGCUGCAUCGCCAGUAUGAUGGUAUUGGUGGUCUGGUUCGAGCCCUGCCAAAGACCUACACCAUAAAUAGCGUGUCUGUGGAAGACACCAUCAAUCUUCUGGCAUCCCUUGGCCAAAUCCGUUCCUUGCUUAGUGUCAGAAUGGGGAAGGAAGAGGAGAAGCUUAUGAUUCGUGGAUUAGGAGACAUCAUGAAUAAUAAAGUAUUUUACCAACAUCCAAAUCUCAUGAGAGCUUUAGGCAUGCAUGAAACUGUAAUGGAAGUGAUGGUGAAUGUGCUUGGUGGAGGAGAAUCCAAGGAAAUCACUUUCCCAAAGAUGGUGGCAAAUUGCUGUCGUUUUCUAUGUUAUUUUUGCCGCAUCAGCAGGCAGAAUCAAAAAGCUAUGUUUGAUCAUCUUAGCUAUUUAUUGGAAAACAGCAGUGUUGGCCUUGCCUCUCCUUCUAUGCGAGGGUCAACUCCUUUAGAUGUUGCUGCAGCGUCUGUAAUGGAUAACAAUGAACUUGCUCUGGCUUUAAGGGAGCCUGACCUGGAGAAGGUGGUUCGCUACUUGGCUGGAUGUGGGUUGCAGAGUUGUCCUUUGUUGAUUUGUAAAGGCUACCCGGACAUUGGAUGGAAUCCAGUUGAAGGAGAACGAUAUUUGGAUUUUCUUCGUUUUGCUGUUUUUUGCAAUGGAGAGAGUGUGGAGGAAAAUGCUAAUGUUGUAGUCAGACUGCUUAUUCGCCGACCUGAGUGUUUUGGUCCUGCUCUAAGAGGAGAAGGAGGCAAUGGGUUGCUUGCAGCCAUGGAGGAGGCAAUACAAAUAUCAGAAGAUCGAACAAGAGAUGGACCUUCCCCAAGUAAUGGAUCUAGUAAAACCCUUGAAAUAGAAGAACAAGAAGAUGACACUAUUCACAUGGGAAAUGCAAUAAUGACCUUUUAUGCUGCCUUGAUUGAUCUCUUAGGACGUUGUGCCCCUGAAAUGCAUCUAAUUCAUGCUGGUAAAGGGGAAGCCAUUAGAAUCAGAUCAAUUCUACGGUCUUUGAUUCCACUUGAAGAUUUGGUGGGAGUAAUCAGUAUUGCUUUCCACAUGCCAACCAUAGCAAAAGAUGGUACUGUGGUGGAACCUGACAUGUCUGCGGGGUUUUGCCCAGAUCACAAGGCAGCCAUGGUUUUGUUCCUUGACAGGGUCUAUGGAAUUGAAGACCAGGAUUUUCUUCUGCACCUUCUUGAAGUUGGCUUUUUGCCAGACCUUCGUGCUGCUGCCUCAUUAGAUACGGCUGCUUUGAGUGCUACAGAUAUGGCUUUGGCUCUGAAUCGAUACCUUUGCACAGCAGUGUUGCCUCUCUUGACCAGAUGUGCUCCCCUGUUUGCUGGCACGGAGCACCAUGCCUCCCUCAUCGAUUCCUUGUUACACACUGUGUACAGACUCUCAAAGGGAUGCUCUCUUACCAAAGCUCAGCGAGAUUCCAUUGAAGAAUGUUUGCUGUCCAUCUGCGGGCAGUUGCGGCCUUCCAUGAUGCAGCACUUGCUGAGGAGAUUAGUAUUUGAUGUACCUCUGUUAAAUGAACAUGCAAAGAUGCCUCUCAAGUUACUGACAAAUCAUUAUGAAAGAUGCUGGAAGUAUUAUUGUUUGCCAAGUGGAUGGGGUAACUUUGGUGCUGCCUCAGAAGAAGAACUUCAUUUAUCCAGAAAGUUGUUCUGGGGUAUUUUUGAUGCUUUAUCUCAAAAGAAGUAUGAACAAGAACUCUUCAAAUUGGCUUUGCCUUGUCUGAGCGCAGUUGCAGGGGCCUUACCUCCCGACUAUAUGGAAUCAAAUUAUGUCAAUAUGAUGGAAAAGCAGUCUUCAAUGGAUUCAGAUGGGAACUUUAAUCCUCAGCCUGUUGAUACCUCAAACAUUACAAUCCCUGAAAAGCUAGAAUAUUUUAUUAACAAAUAUGCAGAACAUGCUCAUGACAAAUGGUCAAUGGAAAAGUUUGCCAAUGGAUGGACCUAUGGUGAAACAUUUUCUGAAUCUGCAAAAGUGCAACCAUUAAUGAAACAAUAUAAGUUACUGUCUGAGAAGGAGAAAGAAAUUUAUCGAUGGCCAAUCAAAGAAUCACUCAAAACCAUGCUGGCAUGGGGAUGGCGAAUUGAAAGAACACGGGAAGGAGAUUCCAUGGCGCUGUAUAAUCGGACGCGUCGCAUAUCUCAGACCAGUCAAAUCUCUGUAGAUACAGCCCAUGGUUACACUCCUCGAGCAAUUGACAUGAGCAAUGUCACCCUCUCCAGAGACUUACAUGCUAUGGCUGAGAUGAUGGCUGAAAACUACCAUAACAUAUGGGCAAAGAAAAAGAAACUGGAGCUUGAAGCAAAAGUAGGAGGAGGCAACCAUCCCCUUCUUGUCCCUUAUGAUACACUCACAGCCAAAGAAAAAGCCAAGGACAGAGAAAAAGCACAGGAUAUUCUGAAAUUUCUACAGAUUAAUGGAUAUGUUGUCUCCAGUGACCGUUCAGGUCUCUGCACCCCCGUGCAAAAUGGCUUUGGGGAAGAUAGAAACAUUGGCCCCAUAGCACGCAUGUGGCACUCAGGCCCACUUCAGCUGCUGGUGCAGGAGCCCUCACUCAUCUUACUGACCGUCACUGCUCCUUCACAUUAG